AAGCGCUCAAUCCAGCUUUUGGAGGUCACUUGGUGUUUACUAUAUGGUUUGGUUAGUUAGUAUAUAAACAGGAUUCGGGUCAUGAACUUCAUGAGGAGGCAUUUGACGAAAAGUGUUAGCAGAGAAACCAGCUUACCUGUAUCUUUUGACUGUCGCAGACUGCUAUCAUUGUUCAAUCAGUACGUACAAGCUCAAAACAAUGACGAUAAGGAUACUAUUUUAUAUAACACACUCCCAUACUUCUGCAAGGUUUUUUACGAUGCCCAACCCGUCGACUUCGUUGAUAAAUUCCCAGAUAUACAUAUAUUUUGUGCACGUGUCUCGCAACUGUUUGUGCGUGAAAUUAAGGCCAGAGCUGCAAACAAGUCUUCAGAGGAAGGAGGUCUUACUAUUGCCCUAUUUCUCGAGCCAGAUGAGAACGUUGGGGACUGUCUCGAAGUUACUGACUAUGAACACGCCGUAAUUACAAAUAAAGGGUCAUAUCUACUAAACUCUUUAAAUUUAAUGAGCACUGGACAUACUAGUUUAAUUGAAUGCAUGGCAGCCGCUUCAGUACCAUCUACGUUGGUCAAGUGCUUGUACAUAUUUCUCGAUCUUCCUGAGAAAUAUUCCACUCGGUGUACAUUCCAUACAAAGUUUCGAGAACUACUUCAGCGGCUCUGUUUGUAUCCCGUAGUAGCCGAGGAAUUGGCUCGUAAAGAUGCUUUAUGUCAUCUUUUCAAUGCUUUAACAGAUUGGUGCGCACCUCAUAACGCCUCUUGGAGAGUGACAGCCACUGUGGUAUUGUCUACAAUUGCUCAGAAUUCUCUGACUCCUGUUGUAACAAAGUGCAUACACGACUCGGAAUGUAUUCAUCACUGUCUCAAGAAUCUCUCUGAAAGCAAGUCAGGUUCGAAAGAUUUUGUGAAUAGUUUUGUCUCACUGCUUCAUGUUGUUCGAGAAUCAUCUACUGAUGACCAGAUUCUUUUGGAUGAUUUCCGAAGCAAUAAUGGAUACCUUGUACUUAGCGACUUCUGUCUCAAACUUGAGGAAAAUCGAUCUCCAGACUCCGAAAGCUCCUUAAAAACUCUUGUGGCUCUUGUUGGUCAUCUGGCGAUAUGUGGCCCAGUAGAACUUCGUCCUAAGGCAGGGGCUGGAGAGCAAAUCCACAAAAUUCCAGGGUUUCACAUUUAUAUGCCGAAAACCCAAGCCAGAAAAAGUGUGCGUAACAUGUAUGCAUUUGAUGUAUUACAAUCGCUGUUCAACAGAUCUUCAACAAAUCAUCUUAGUUUACUAGUUUUGAAGACAGUCCAGUCAAUUUUUCUUCAGGAUUUGGCAAAUUAUUUCAUAUUAGAACAACAAAAUAUAUUGGUUGUCUUUGCCAAAAAAAUAUUUGAAAAAUCAUAUGAAAUCCAGGAGGCCUAUUUUGAUUUACUUGAAGCACUAGUGAACAAAUUACACUAUGUAUUCAUGAAAGAAAUCAGUAGUAUCGUCGUUCAAAUGAAACUAUUUAAUUUAUCCCCUUCUCUGGUUAUUGCCUAUCGUCAUUUUAUUCAACUUCUGCGAAUCAGUCCAGUUUUUAAGGAUGUAUUUCAUGAUGUUGGAUUAAUUGAAUUGAGCAUAGAUCUAUUAAAUUACUUGAUUGAUACAUUGGAGACUUUUUGUAACCCUUCUACUACUUCUAGUGCCUCAUAUCAGUCUACCACAAUUGUUUCUUCAUCUACAACGACGGCAGGAACUAAUAAACUUGAACAUCAUUCAGUCAGUAAUAAUCACAAUAACUUAUUGACUAGUAAAUUCACAAUCCAUUCAUUAUAUCGUAGUUUAAAUCGUACUAUACUUUAUCAAUUAUCUCGUCCGAUUCUUACAAAUGCUGAUCAGUUACAAAUAAUUAAUUUAUUGAACCGAUUAAAUAAUACUUCAGUACAAUGUACUAGUAAUAAUAUAACAAAUAUUAAUCCUAUAGAAGAAUUGAAUCUAAAUAUUAAUCGUGGUUACAUUGAGAUUGAUCAACUUCGGCCUACUACUACACAUUGUCAUGAGCACAUUCCAUUGAUAUUUAAUUCAAUCAAUGAAGAUAUUGAAUUUCCAGCGUGUUUAGUUCACUUGUUAAUUCAACUUAUACACUUAAAUGAUGGACACGAUGAAAGUUUAGGCAAUGUGACAGAUUAUUCAAAUAAUUCAACAUCAGUGAUUAAUAAAUCGUCGACCCUGAGUCAAAUUUCUUCAAUUACUUCAUGUACAAAAACUGAUCAUGACAGUUCAAAUAAUAAUAGUAAUGAUAAUGAUAAUAAUCUUUCACUUGAAUCAUCUUCUGUUAAUUAUUAUCAUACGACAUUUGGAUUUGAUGAAUUAGACAAUAAUUUUGACGAUACAAUCUUAUCUUUAUCAAAUGUGACAACGGGAACAGAGAAUAAUACCGUAAUUCCAGCAUCAAAACAACAACUAUCCUCAUCAUCUACAAUAUCAGUAAAUAAACAAUUCACUAAUUUUCAUUUAGACAAUAAUGAAUUACCUAAUGACAGUACAAGUACUACUUUGAAUUAUUCAAAAUCUUCAAAUGUAAAUAGUAGACAACAGUCUGAUCAAAUAAUUGGUAAUUAUACAAAAGAAAUUGUUCUAGCUGCUUUAAAACUUUGGUCGAAAUGUUAUUUAGCUAAAAAAUCAGUACUUGCAAAACUUGUUCCAGAAGCUCCAUUAAUUAGUGGUUUAUCUGUACCUUCACUUAAUGAUUGGACUACAAUCCUUGAAGGUCCAUGUUUAAUUGCUUGGGCACAACAUGUUGAUUGUGAAGCGGCAGGAUUAGGUGGUAUUUCUUCUAACAAUUUAUGGGGUCGUAUUCCUGGUACUCCAUUUUAUGUUUUAAAUAUGAUAAAACAGGAACAUUUUCCACCUACAUCUGUUGCAACAACAACUACCGGAUCUGCUUCAACCUCAUCAGGAUUACAACACCAAAUUUCAAUGAAAUUGAGUAAAGUUUCAGGAAAUGUGUUUAAACUAGGCUCUAGUUCUUAUUCAGGUUCUCUGACCAACCAAACUAAUAUGAAUGAACAAAUAUCUAGAUCCAACAUGAAUACAAAUACAUCACUUGUCAAUAAUAAUGUACAAAUUAACUAUUUAAGUCAACCUAAUGGUACUGGUUUCCGAAUGAUUCAAGAAAAUGCUGUAGAGGCUAUACAAUUAUGGGCCCCGAACCAAUUAAAUUUCAUUCACGAACUACUUGAUCAACAAAAAACACAAUUUUAUCAAAAUUUAUCUUUUAAUCAGCGUCAUCUUGAAAGUGAAUGGGAAAAAAUUGAAAAUGAACUGACAAGAGAACGCGGUCUAUGGGGCAGAGUUACACCGGAUCCUUUAGCUAAAUGGGAACUAGACCCAACUGAAGGUCCUUUAAGAAUGAGAAAGCGUAUGAUUUUGAAUAAAUCAUUCAAUUCACGUUAUCCUUACUUACCAAGUUAUUUAACGCGUCUAUUGCUUCGUUCUCCAAAUAGUGAUAAUUAUUAUCCGUAUACAUCAACGCUAACCAAAACGCGAAAGCCUCGUAGCCGUGAUAGUAAACUUUAUUUCCUUAAUUACAAGUCAAAAAGUUUACUUCAUGAAGAUUACGGUCCUUUAACGCCAUGGUUACAGCUUAGCAAAUCUAUGAAACUGGAAGAAAUCAUUGAAAUUUUAGAGGAGGCAGACAAUAAUGCAACAAGCCAAACAUCACAGCUUAGUGAAUCAUGUUUUGAUGGCCCCGUUUCAACUGAUAUUGAACAACAACAAAAACAUACAGAUGAUGACGAUAGUUUGAACUGUUGUACAACAGUAACACCAGAUUCUGAAUUUACUGAACUAAGUCAGUCGUUGGAUCCAGAGAGUUUAGAAUUAUCAUUACAAAAAACAGCUUCAUUAAUUCGUUCAACACGAAAUUCUGUAUGCGUUGAUCCACAUCUGCGUAGAAAUGAUGAUCUUGACGAAUUAGUGACUAUUUCAACGCAAUCAUUUGUUGAAGAACCGGAUGAAUUCAAUUCAUAUUGUGAUAUUGUUGAUGACGUCGAUUCAUCAUCAUCAUCGUCAUCAUCUAAACAACAAUUAGAUCAAUCUGACGAUAUUCGUUGUUCACCAAAUCUAAAUACCAAACAUCAGCAGCAGUCACAUUUAAUAAAAGAUACUUCAAAUAUCAAUAUACAUAAUAAUACCACUACUAGCAGUAAUGCUACUAAUACUACUAAUACUUAUCAAAAUGUUAUAAAGGAUAUACCAAAUCCUAUGAAUAAUUUUAUUGGUACUAAUGAAGAUAAAUUAGCUGGUCAUGAAGCUAUCUUACGUUUAUUAGAACCUGGUGAAAGAUUACAUGUUAUGUAUCGUUGUGCACGUAUAUUAGGUUUAGAUAUAUAUGAAGGUUUAUUAUUAUUUGGUAAAGCUCAUUUCUAUGUUAUUGAUGGUUAUACGUUGAUAAAUACACGUGAAAUAGUUGCGAUCGAUUCAUUACCAUCAAAUAUUAUUCAUGAGCCAAUUGUACCAUGUGCUUUAGUUGGUACAAUGGCAACAAAAAAAAGCAAUAAUAAUACUUUGACUCGAUCAUCUUUUACACGUGUAAAUAUGAGUUCAACAGAUUUAUGGAGUUCCGGAGCUGUUAGUCAAAUAGCUGGAAAACACUCUCAAAGUUUUUUCAGCAGUUUACUUGGUGUAAAAUCAGUAGUCCAACGAUGGGAACACGGAGAAUUGAGUAAUUUCGAAUACUUAAUGUAUUUAAAUACACAAGCUGGUCGCUCAUAUAAUGAUCUCAUCCAGUAUCCUGUAUUUCCAUGGGUACUUGCUGAUUAUGAAUCUGAGGAAUUAGAUCUGUCAAGACCAGAGACAUUUCGUGAUUUAUCGAAGCCGAUGGGUGCACAAACACCUGAUCGUCUAGCUCAAUUCCAACGUCGUUUUAAAGAAUGGGAUGAUCCUACUGGAGAAACACCACCAUAUCAUUAUGGUACACACUAUUCAUCUGCUAUGAUUGUAGCAUCUUAUCUCUUUCGAAUGGAGCCUUUUGCACAACACUUUCUCAAGCUUCAGGGUGGUCAUUUCGAUUUACCCGAUAGAAUGUUUCAUAGCGUUCGAGAUACUUGGAUUAGUGCAAGCCGACAUAAUAUGGCAGAUGUACGUGAAUUAAUACCUGAAUUUUUCUAUCUACCUGAUUUUCUUAUCAAUUCAAAUCAUUUUGAAAUGGGCAUUAAACAGAAUGGUGUUGAAGUGAAUAAUGUAGUAUUACCACCAUGGGCUAAGUCUGAUCCACGUGAAUUUAUACGUGUUCAUCGUGAGGCUUUAGAGAGUGAAUAUGUAUCAGCACAUUUACAUGAAUGGAUUGAUUUAAUUUUUGGUUAUAAACAACAAGGUGAACAUGCAAUACAAGCAGCUAAUGUUUUUCAUUAUUUAUUCUACGAAGGUAAUGUCGAUAUCUAUUCUAUAGAUGAUCCAUUGAAACGUUCUGCUGUAAUUGGUUUUAUUAAUAAUUUUGGUCAAAUACCAAAACAAUUAUUUAAAAAACCACAUCCAUGUCGACGUGUGAUUAUUCCACGUCCAUCUACACGUUUUUUUAGUUCAGCGAUAGGAUUUAAUUCUGGUAGUCAAUUAGCAUGUGAAUUAUUCUAUCGAAAUCUUGAUAUUUUAAGACCUAGUCUUCAACCUAUUAAAGAAUUAAAACAUGCAGUUGGUCAAAUUGUACAGUUAGAUCCACAAUUUAUACCGAGCGGUACAAAUAUGAAUAUGAUGAAUACAGGAGCUACAGUGAAUCGUCCUUUACUUAGCUUAAACAUAAAUUCAGAUAAUCUGAAUUUUGAUAAUGUUAAUUUAACUGGGAAUGGCAAUUUAGGAAUAAGUUCCGGAGGUGGUUAUCAAACAUCGACUACAACUUUAAUUGGUGGACCAGUUGUUGCAGUUGAACAAAAUAAAUGUCUUUUACCACCAAAUUAUACACAUUAUCUUGCAUGGGGUUUUACAGAUGGGAGUUUACGCUUAGGCUCUUUAUUCGAUGCCAAUGAACGUGCACGAUGUAUAUUUGAGAUGGUUGAUCAAAAUGAAAUAUUAUGUUGUGCAUCACCAAACAGGCAUACGAUUAUUACAGCUGGAUUAAGUACUGUAGUGCGUGUGUGGUUUCUUAAUUCUCAUGAGGUUGGCAAUAAUAUGGCAAGUUCAAAUAAUCCUUCCAGUGUUGGAAUGGUAUCAGGUUUAUCAUCAUCAGUCUACGGAUGUCAGUCUUUUGGAGAUUCGCGUCUUAAACUUCGUGCAACACUUUAUGGACAUACCGAUGCUAUAACUUGUUUAACUGCAUCUGAUUCAUUCAAUCUUAUUGUUAGUGGAAGUCGUGAUAGAAGUUGUAUAUUAUGGGAUUUAAGUCGUUUAUGCUUUUUAAGACAAUUACCUAAUCAUAUUGCACCGAUUGCAGCUGUUUGUAUCAAUGAAGCUACAGGUGAUAUUGUAAGUUGUGCUGGUACACAAUUAUAUUUGUGGAAUUGUAAUGGUGAACCAAUUGCUUCAAUUGAUACACCAGUUGGCCGUAAUAAACAAAUUCUUUGUGUUUGUAUGAGUACACUUUAUGAUUGGGAUGCUGAGAAUGUUAUUUUAACCGGUAGUUCAGAUGGUGUAGUACGAAUGUGGUGCUUGAAACACGUCUACUCUACAGAUAAUGAUAGCGAUGCAAUUGACAAAAACACCUUGAAUGCUAAUCGAAUUGAUAAUAGUGGUAAUCAACAGGAGAUUUCCCCUUUUAAUCCAUCAGAUGAAAACACUGUAGAUGAACCUCGAACCAAAGAUUUAUCGACUUUAUCAUUAGAUUCAUCUGACAGUAUUGAUUCUCCUUGUUUGUCUACCGAUUUAACAUCGAAGAGAAUAAUUCGGAAAGAUUCCAAUGUUAAGAAGUGGUCUCGAGUUCUAGUAUUUCGCAGUAAACUUACCAUGCAUACAGCUUAUGAACGUUCCGAUAAUAAGUCUCCAGCUGAUAUUACAGCCUUAGCAAUAUCUCGAGAUCAUCGUUCCGUCCUAGUUGGUGAUGCUAUCGGUCGAGUAUUUGUUUGGUCUGUACCAUCAGAUAAUUCUCGUGGCGGUAUGACUGAUCAAUGGGUUAAGGAUGAAGGAGCUACAAAUUGUGCAGCUGAUGGUUGUGGGGCGCGAUUCUCGUUAACUGAAAGAAAACAUCAUUGUCGAAAUUGUGGUAAAGUAUUUUGUUCAAAAUGUAGUCGAUUUGAGAGUGAAAUAUAUCGACUAAGGUUGUUUAAACCAGUUCGAGUUUGUCAGUCAUGUCAUAAUGUAUUAAAAUUAAUUCAAGCACCACAAAAUCGUGAAAAAUAUGAAGAAGUGGUUUCUCAGAUAGAUGACAAAGAAGUUGUUCUUCUCUCGAAGUUUUCAGCUGUUCUGAAUGAAAAGAAAAGAAAGUUAGAAAGCUAUAAGUGUCCAACUUAUGCUUUAAGUGAAGUUGACAAAUCAUCAGAUAAAUCGUCAUUACAAGAAGAUUUGGAUGAUUUAAUACCUUUCAAGAACCGCAGAAAAUCAAAACCUGUCAUUGGUCGUCGUAACUGA